AUGCCCUCAGUUCAAGAUUUUCCGUACGACCGCGAUGGCGAGUCCUCUGGCUCCAAAUUGACGGCCACCAUCAAAGGCCUUUUUGAGAGCAUUGCAGGCUCUGCCCCUGAUCCCACGAACCCGGUCAUCAAUGGAGCCACGGUUCAAUCACGUCCAUUUUUGGCUCGAGUUCUGGCAGAUAUCGCCAGUCAAGCGCCGAGGUUGGGUGAAAACCUGGGAUUGAUUCAUUCGCUGGUAGACACUAAAUUGUUCGAUGGUGGCUUCGUGGAUGACAGGCAGUAUCAGAUGGAGAAAAUCAUCCAAUUGGCAGCAUCAUUGCCGGCUGAAUCGAAAGCCUUGGGCGAUUUGACUGGCCAGUUCAUCAAACUCCUGUGGGAGAAUCUGGAGCAUCCUCCCCUUUCUUACGAAGGGGAUGAGUACAAGUACCGGACGGCUGAUGGGAGCAACAACAACAUUUUGUAUCCCCAUCUCGGAAAGGCAGGCUCUUACUAUGCCCGAACUGUUGUUCCUCAGACACUGCAGCCUGGCGUCCUGCCGGAUCCCGGUGUCAUCUUCGAUGCGAUAUUCGCACGUGACGAAGAGCCUAGGGAGCACCCUAACAAGAUAUCCAGCAUGUUGUUCUAUCUUGCGACUAUCAUCAUCCACGAUUGCUUCCACACAGAUCCAACUGACUACGGCAAGGUCAAAACCUCGUCUUAUCUAGACCUUGCCCCCCUGUAUGGUAGCAGCCAGGAGGACCAGAACAAAAUCAGGACAUUCAAGGAUGGUCUCCUGAAACCUGAUGCCUUCUGUGAGAACAGAAUACUUGGCUUUCCUCCCGGUGUUUGUGCCAUCGUUGUGUGCUUUAAUCGAUUCCACAACUAUGUGGCACUGCAGCUGAAGGAGAUUAAUGAAGGAGGUCGAUUCAAGAUUCCAAGGGACGAUAGCGAUCAGAAAGCUGUGAAGAAGCUGGACAACGAUCUGUUCCAGACAGCCAGACUCGUCACAUGUGGUCUAUAUGUCAACAUCAUCUUGAACGAUUACGUCAAAACCAUUCUGAAUCUCAACCGAUCCAACUCGACUUGGACCUUGGAUCCACGCAAAGACUUCAGCGAGGUCUUUGACGCCCAGGGCAUUCCUUCCGGUGUAGGCAACCAGGUUAGCGUGGAGUUCAAUUUGGUCUACCGAUGGCAUUCCGCCAUAAGUCUAAAAGACGAGAAGUGGACCAACGAUUUGUACAAGUCCUUGUUCCCGAACCAGGACAUCUCAACGGUGACUCAACCAGACCUAUUGAGAGCGCUGAGGGGAUGGCUUGAGAAGAUCGGCAGCGAUCCGACGAAAUGGGAGCUCGAUGGUGGAAAGUAUAAGAGAACCGGCCGUGGCACUUUCCGCGACGAAGAUCUUGCCCAGAUUCUAACGGAGGCUACUGAGGAUGUUGCAUGUGCUUUUGGACCCAGAAAUGUCCCGCUGGUCAUGAAGUUGAUCGAGACGCUGGGUAUGCAACAGGCCCGGGCCUGGAACGUUGCGACGUUGAACGAACUUCGAAAGUUCUUCAAGCUGGAGCCACACAAGGAGUUUUCCGACAUCACGAAGAACGAAGAAGUGGCUCGUUCACUGAAAGCUCUUUAUCAGCAUCCCGACUACGUCGAGAUGUACCCUGGUCUCGUUGCUGAAGACGCCAAGGAUCCACUGGAACCAGGUUCGGGUCUCUGCCCUGGAUACACUAUCUCCCGCGCCAUUCUUGCAGACGCGGUUGCGCUCACUAGGGGUGAUCGCUUUUAUACUGUCGACUACACACCUGCCAAUCUCACCAACUGGGGCUGGGCGCAAGUCAAUUCGGACCCUGACGUGGCGCAGGGUGGUUGUUUCUACAAUUUGGUGAUGAGAGCACUGCCAUUCUACUACAGGGGCAACUCGAUUUAUGCCAUGUAUCCGUUCACUAUACCGGAGGAGAAUCGUAGGAUCAUGGAAAGGCUUGGCAAGGAGGAGCAAUAUGACUAUCAAAGACCUUCCUACAUCGGUCCACCAACAUCGAUACGCUCAUGGAAAGCUGUGACUGAGAUUUUGCAGGACAAAGUUUCAUUUGCUGUUCCUUGGGGACCUCAUACCUACUAUCUAACCAAGCACGACUACAUGCUUAGCGGUGACAAGCCGUCGAAUGCAACGCAACGUGAAGAGGUCAAGAACGCGCUCUAUUGCCCGGUCAACGGUCUAAAACAAGUCCAAACCUUCUAUGAGGACUUGACGACUCAGCUCGUUGUUGCAAGAUCAGAACGUUUGAGGGGUGAAUGGUAUCAACUUGACGCUUGCCGUGAUGUUGGUAAUCCAUCUCACGCCAUCUUUGUUGCAAAGAUGUUCCAUCUGCCGCUUAAGAAGCGCGGAGACCUCAAUCUAGCUGCUGUAGAGGUCGACCAACUCUACUUGGCACUCUCCGUGCUGUUCGCCUAUGUCUUCCUGGACCUUGACACCGCCAGAUCGUUUAAGCUGAGAGGCGGAGCAAAGCAAGCCACGGACCAAAUUGGCAAGCUCGUCAAGGUGGUUUGCGAGGCCGUCAAGGUUGGCGGAUGGUUUCACCUUAGUGACCUGCUUCCCAUGGGUACUGCUGGCAAGAUGCUCGAGGACUAUGGAGUCCAACUCAUCAAGCGUCUCUUUGAAGGUGGCAAAUCUGUUGAUGAGGUGGUCUGGACCAUCAUUCCUACCGCUGCAGCGGCUGUUGCCACCCAGGCCCAGCACUUUACACAGAUGCUCGACGUUUAUCUCUCCGAAGAAUACUACAGCAAGCACUGGCCUGAGAUCCAGCGGUGUGCGUGGUCAGACGCACCCGAAGAUUUCGAGAAGCUCAAAGGCUACGCGCUCGAAGCCAAUCGUCUUGCACCCGCGGCAUUUGGUCUCCUCCGCAACUCGAAUAUCGACACUGUUAUCGACGACAACGGAACACCGGUGGAGAUCAAGGCCGGAGACCACCUUUACACGGAUUUCAUCACCGUCGGUCUCGAUGAGAAGGCCUUCCCCAAUCCUCGCCACAUCGACCCGACACGCGAUCGCUCACUGUAUAUCCAUCACGGCUACGGUCCACACUCGUGCCUGGGCCGCCCGAUCGUCGAAGUCGCCAUGGCCGCACAGUUGAAGGUCUUUGCCAAAUUGAAGAACCUCCGACGCGCGCCCGGUGCCCAAGGCAUUCUGAAGAAGACAAUUCCCAAACCGAACCCGACAAGCAGUGACCCAAAGCCCAAUCCUGGUAGCAUAGAGGUCUUCCUUCUUGAGAACUACUCCUCUUGGUAUCCUUUCCCAACAACGCUGAAAGUGCACCAUGACGGCUUGUUGAAGGCGCAGCCAGACCAAUUGGCUGCGGAAACCGGUGUUCCAGGCAUUCAAGACGACAUUCAGGAUAGUGACAUGACACAGAGUAACGGAAAUGGAGUGCACAGCAACGGCUACGAUGAGGAGACUCAAACAGCAUGA